AUGGCAGUUUUAAAGGAGGCUAGAUUUAAUGGAACAGUUCCUAUUCUUUCUCUUGAUAGUCCCGCAAAGACAGCCGAAACUGAAGACAUCGAUCCUCUUCACGAUGAACUACAUAAUAUUCAAAGUAUGAUUCGUUUGACGAGAACAAACAUCGACGCUUUGAAUGCCAAGUUUGCAGGUUUUCAACACCCACCAUCUAUGUAUUUAACAGAAUACCAAGAACUUACCAGUAAACUGCACGAAUUUAAAGUCAAAGAACAGGAGUUAAUUGAACUGAUAAACAGUGGACGUGAUAGUCCAGAAGAAACGUGUGACCGUCACCUGCUCGAUCAAGGUAGCGGUGGGGACAGUUCUCCACGAAUUGUGCCAAGAUCUCCUUUGAAGUCCGUAGUUAGAGCUCACCUCCCAAACCAACAAAGGACUAGUGUUCAAGUGCGACCAGGUCAGACGCUGAAAGAAGCUCUAGCCAAGGCAUUGAAAUUGAGAAAAUUGACCCCAGAAAUGUGUAUUGUGUAUAAAGGGCAUAGUAAAGUUCUGAUUCCUUGGGAAGCAGAUAUAUCAUCCCUUGAAGGGGAAGAAAUUACUGUAGAAAUAUUAGACAAGUUUUCAAUAACUACAAGUAUUUCUCAUAAUUUUGUUCGCAAGACUUUCUUUUCAUUGGCAUUUUGUGAGUGUUGCAGUAGAUUAUUAUUUCAAGGAUUUUAUUGUAGAACCUGUGGUUAUCGUUUUCACCAACGAUGUGCAACAGGUGUUCCUGCUUUAUGUCAGCAAGUUCGAAUGCAAGAUAAUUAUUACCAAUUUUUACUUGCACAGAAUCCAGUAUCUUCUGCCGGUAUCUUGCAAACUCCAUCUUUCGGACCAGGCAAUUCUUGUUCACCAUCACAGCCACAGCCCAUACCUCGUAGACAUCACCCAACGCUUGGAACUAGAGAAAGGUCUAGCUCUGCACCUAAUGUCUGUUAUAAUCUAGUCAGAGAUGGUGGAGACUCAACAGUUGAAGAAUUUUCCAGUCGUUUAAAUCGCUCGAGUCCUGUGCCUCCAGGAGUAAGUGGUGGUACCUUGUCAACUUGCAGCCCCAGCAGCAGUCCAACUAAACCAUCCCAUAGUCAGAGUGCCCAGGCAUCGCCCACCAACACUUUAAGACCAUGGCGCCCAAGAGCUCGUAGUGCUGACGAAAGCAGCAAUAAGGUGCGAACUCCUCGAGAAUCCAUUGAGGACUGGGAAAUACCAGCUGAUGAAAUACUGAUUGGCCCACGUAUUGGCUCAGGUUCAUUUGGAACUGUAUACAAAGGUCACUGGCAUGGACCUGUAGCUGUGAAAACACUGAAUGUGAAGGAUCCCACUCCUGCUCAGUUGCAGGCUUUUAAAAAUGAAGUUGCUGUAUUGAGGAAAACACGCCAUGUUAAUAUCCUUCUAUUUAUGGGUUGUGUUAGCAAACCACAGUUAGCAAUAGUUACUCAGUGGUGUGAAGGAUCUAGUUUAUACAAGCAUUUGCAUGUUUUAGAGACUAAAUUUGAGUUACUCACACUUAUUGAAAUAGGGAGACAAACAGCACAAGGUAUGGAUUAUUUACAUGCAAAAAACAUAAUACAUAGAGAUUUGAAGAGUAAUAAUAUUUUUCUUCAUGAUGAUCUCACUGUGAAAAUAGGGGACUUUGGUCUAGCUACUGUAAAGACACGCUGGUCGGGAUCCCAGCAAUUUCAACAACCCACUGGUUCUAUCUUAUGGAUGGCUCCUGAAGUGAUACGCAUGCAGGAGGAGAGCCCAUAUAGUUUUCAGUCAGAUGUGUAUGCAUUUGGUGUAGUGUUGUAUGAACUUUUAGCAGGACAACUCCCAUAUGCCAGUAUCAAUAACAAGGAUCAGAUACUCUUUAUGGUGGGAAGAGGAUAUUUAAGACCAGACCUCAAUAACCUUCGGUCAGAUACUCCAAAAGCUCUGAGACGACUCUCUGAGGACUGUAUAAAACUGAAUAGAGAAGAACGGCCUCUUUUUAGACAGAUUCUUGCAUCCCUUGAGAGUGCUGUACGCCUACUACCUAAAAUCCACCGAUCGGCUUCAGAACCUACAUUGAACCGCACUCAGCUACAAUCGGAUGACUUUCUGUAUAUGUGUGCUUCUCCAAAAACACCCAUAAAUUCCCAGUUUGGAGCUUUUCCAUUUUAUUCAGUUGGAGGAAUUGUAUAA